AUAUGCGUUGAUAUCCUACUACUUGGCACCAGGCUCGGAUGUGCCUCCAUUACCGCAUGGCAAUUCAAAGAACAACCAACUGGCGUACGUUCGAAAAUGUCCGAGUGAAGUGGUGAGACGUUCAAAUGUUCGUGGUAGCAGUAGUGGGAUGAUCACGAAGGGUAGUGGUAAGAGGAGUGGAGGUGAUCCAAUGAACAGUGCUGACGGCAGCGCCAACAAUAACACGGAUUCAUCGGCGAAUAUAUCCGACAUUGACGACAACACCGAGGUGAAUGUGGAGGCGAUGUCCGAUGAUGAGCAGAUGAGCAAAGUGAAUGUG